UGCGUGCAAGUGAAUUCCCAAGAUCACAGUCGAGACAUCUUGAAGAAUUACUGCUUCUGGGUUUCGACUUUUUGACCACUUCCCUCCGGACAUGAACUUCUUGCCAAUCAUCUCCAUCUCCAUCGUCGUCACAUUGGUUCUGCUGUCCAGCGGAUCAUCCUCGACUUCACUACCCAAUGACCCGCUUCUUGGGAUUGCUCCUGGAGAUGUGAAAUAUUACAGUUCAUCGGACGGGAUCAAAUGUAAGGAUGGAUCGAAGAAAUUUACCAGAGCCCAGCUCAAUGACGAUUUCUGCGACUGCCCCGAUGGCACGGAUGAGCCAGGAACAUCAGCAUGCCCAAAUGGAAAAUUUUAUUGUCGGAAUGCAGGACAUGUUCCUGUCAUUAUAUUUUCUUCAAGAGUAAAUGACGGUAUUUGUGACUGCUGCGACGGGAGUGAUGAAUACGACGAUAAAGUGAAGUGCCUGAACACAUGUCGGGAAGCUGGAAAAGCAGCAAGAGAAGAGUUGAAGAAAAAAAUUGCUGGGUACCAGGAGGGCGUUACCAUACGGAAAAAGGAAGUGGAACAGGCAAAAGUAUCUCUUGCAAAAGACAAGGAAGAAUUGUCAAAACUGAAAAUUGAGGAGAAAGUACUGAAAGUGCAGUUUGAACAGCUUAAAGAGCGCAAAGAACAAAUAGAGAAAGCAGAGGAGAAAGAGCGCAUGAGGAAAGAAAAAGAAGAGAGAGAAAAAAGAGAAGCUGAGGAGAAAGCUGGUAUCAACCAAGAGAGAAUUGAAAAGGGGAUAGGAGGUGAAAGGGAUACGUCAACUACAGAGAGUACGCAUGAUGAAAGGAUUGGACUUGUGGAUGAUUAUCCAUCUGACCAGGAUUUGGAAGAAGAUUUGGCAGCAGAACAUGAUCAUGUAUCAACUGGAGUCCAAGAUAAGGGAAUUACUCAUGCUGUGGAAAAGAAAGAUGAGUCGGUAACACCGGCAAGCGAGGAAGAGUCAAUCGUUUCAUCUGAACCUAUUGUUGACGCUGAAAGCAAGGUGGCUAAUGGCUAUAUAACUGCAGAAGGAGAUGACGCAUCUGAGAAUGCCGAGGAACUGUCAAAGGAAGAGUUGGGUCAACUUGUUGCUUCUCGUUGGACAGGGGGGAAGACAGAGAAGGAAAGUGGGGAAGACUUUGCAAGAGAUAAUAAUCACGAGGAACAAAGUAGCGAGAUCCCAAAAAACAUGCGUGAUGGUAUUGAUGAUAUAUAUGCGUUAGAUACUGCUGACAUCGAAAAGAAUGAGUAUGAUAAUGUGGAAGAUGGGUUUGAUGAAGAUUCUGCAGUGAAGAAUCAUUAUGAUUUCAGUUCUCAUUCCAAAGAUGAAUCAGAUAGUGACUCAGACGAUGAUUUAGACUUAGAAGAUCUAGCAAUCAAGAAGUUCUUUUCUUGGGUAGAGAAGAUGAAGAAAAUGUGGUGGGGAAUUCUUCGAGCUAUCAAUAUAUUCCAGACUCCUGUUGACAUAUCUGAGGCUACUCAGGUACGCAAAGAAUAUGAUGAAUUGAGUACCAAAUUAUCUAAGAUCCAGUCGAGAAUAUCAAGCUUGUCACAAAAGCUGAAACAGGAUUUCGGCCCAGAAAAGGAGUUCUACUCAUACUAUGAUCGCUGUUUUGAGAGCAAACAGAAUAAGUAUGUUUACAAAUUGUGCCCCUUUAAAGAAGCUUCCCAGCAUGAAGGGCACUCUACAACUCGCUUGGGGAAGUGGGACAAAUUUGACGACAGUUUCAGAGUCAUGAUCUUCUCAUCCGGUGACAAGUGCUGGAAUGGUCCAGACAGAAGUAUGAAGGUGAAGCUGAGAUGUGGGUUGAAAAAUGAGGUUACUCAUGUAGACGAACCAAGUCGUUGCGAAUAUGAAGCACUGCUAUCCACUCCAGCUCUUUGUAAAGAAGAUAAACUGAAGGAACUUCAAGAUAAGCUAGACAUGAUGAGUAGAGAACUGAUGGACGGCCAUGACGAACUAUAAUAGAUGGACAGAAUCAAUGAGUUGGAGAUUCCUUUCGCAUGCUGACUUAUUGAGCUUGUACUAUCCACUUUGUUCAUAAGAGGCUUACACGUAACAUUUCUCAAGUAAAGUAGCGACUCCUGCAGCCUUUUUCAGUUUGCUGUAAUGCCGAUAGUUUUGUGUAUGCCCAAAACAUGGUUAUUCCUUUGACUGUAUACAGCUCUCUUGUAUAUCGAUAUCAGGCUUUUCAGA